AAGUCUCUCUCAGUACUGAAUUUCCACGACAUGAGUCAAAAUCAUCAUCAAUCUUCUGGUCCUGCAGGAAUACAGAAGUAUAUCCUCAUUCGGUGUACGUCUCACAAGCUAUCAACAUCAGCGAGAGCAGAGCAAGUAAACUGGUACCUAAAUCACACCCUGCAUGGUACUGGUAGACCUGAACUUAUCAGACACGCCUCUAACUCAUCCCACUUGGGUAUAAGCUGUCUCAACAUCAGCAAGAGCAGAAGAAUAUCCUAUCCCUGACCAACAAUGGCUGUUCCUGAGCUGCUGCUGGCCACUCUGAAUGAUUUGGGCAAAGCAGAGCUGAAAACAUUUAUAUGGUACCUUCAUCAAGGCGUGGAAGGUUUCCCUCAAUGCAUCCCAGUGAGCCAGCUGGAGUACGCUGACAGAGAGGACACUAUCAGUAAGAUGGUGGGGACCUACCAACCUGAGGAUGCUGUGAAGAUUACACUGGAGAUCCUGAGGAAGAUGAACCAGAACCAAUUAGCUGACACGUUAAAUAAUAAAUAUGGCCCUGUUGGAGCUCUAGGAGAUGGUUUUAACAUGGGAGCAUCUUCUUCAGGGAGAUCUACAGGACAUUUUCAGCCAGAAGAUGGUUUUAGUAUUGCGUCUUCUUCAGAGAGCACUUCAUUGGAAGGUCAUGCAUUACCUCCUGCCUCUAAUACAUCGCCUGGGACUGGAAGACAAUCAGCUGAACUUGAUACGAAAUCAAAUAAAGAUGUAAUGUUAACGUAUGACAUCAAUCAAAUUCUGGGACAUGGUGCAGAUGGAACCAUUGUGUACAAGGGUACGUUAGGUGACCGUUCUGUGGCUGUGAAGAGGAUUCUUGUAAACUUCUUGAAAUUAGCAGAACGGGAGGUCCAGCUGCUUCUUGAGGUGGACAGUCAUGUAAAUGUGGUCCGAUACUUCUGGACUGAGAAGGAUGGGCAGCACCAGAACAUUGCCAUUGAGCUGUGUGCUGCAUCACUGAAGGAGUAUGUGAAGGACAAUAAUUUUAAUCGCCAUGGACUACAGCCUGUGGAAGUGUUAAAACAGACGAUGCGAGGACUGGCACAUCUGCACUCUCUCAAAAUAGUUCACAGAGAUGUGAAGCCCAACAACAUCCUGUUUUCUAUCCCAGACCACCAUGGCCAAGUCAUUGUCAAGAUCACAGAUUUUGGGAUGGCUAAGAAGUUGGAAAUGGGCAGACAAAGCUACAGCAUGAGUUCAGGAGCCAUGGGAACCGUGGGCUGGAAUGCCCCAGAGGUCCUGAAAAAAGACAGCAAAAACAACCCUACCAGUGCUGUGGACAUCUUCUCUGCCGGCUGUGUGUUUUACUAUGUUUUAACAGGAGGAGAACAUCCCUUUGGAGAUAUGGAAGAUGAAUUUGAUGUUGCCAUUAAUAUCAGACAAGGACAAUUCAGCCUCGUAGGAUUACAAGGAGACAAACACGAGGACAUCGUGGCUGAACACCUGAUCAAAUAUAUGGUGACGAAGGAGCAGCAGAGGAGGCCUUCUGCUGAGACUGUGCUCAAUCACCCUUUCUUCUGGAGCCUGGAGCAACAGCUGAAGUUCCUCAAGGAUGUGAGUGAUUGGAUUGAUGCACAGUCAAAGCUGAAGCGGUUGGAUGACUCAAUCAUCAAUCAGCUGGAGUCAGAGGCAGAAAAAGUGGUCAAGGGGAACUGGAUGGAACACAUCACUAAAGAUCUGCAAGAAAAUCUAAAAAAACGCAAAGGGGCAUAUAAAGAGGUCUCUGUUGUAAGUCUUCUACGGGCCAUAAGAAACAAGAGUAACCAUUACGAUGAAAUUCCUGAUCUCCAUGAGACGUUGGGCUCAAUCCCAGAAGGCUUUAUGCUCUACUUCACCUCCCGCUUCCCCCACCUGCUGCUGCACACAUACCUGGCCAUGCGCACCUGUGCUGAGGAGCUGACUUUCCAGAAAUACUACUCCAAGUUGAGAGAGGCGUGGAUGGUCUAUGACACACCCACAGCCUAAGACUCUAGGCUUUGCUUCUAUUGUUGUUUUCAUAACAUGAACCUGCAGUGCACUGAAUCCAGAGACAUUCCUUCUAUGUAGACCAACGCAAUGACAAUUCCAUAACUAGAUAGACUGUCAGUUCACUGUACUGUCAAUGUACUUUAUUGUUGUGAUUCAAAAGUGACCUUAGCUUUUUUUAAAGUCUGUUUUUCUAUUGUAUUCUGUAUGAAAUAGCAUUCUUUAUGCAUGAAUGUAUUCCUGAUCCAAUGUGGACCCUGACACAGGCACAUCCAACGGAGACGUUUCUUUAUAAGUGCAUAGUUGUCCUUUUAUUCACUGUACUUUGUUUUGUUUAUGUAUGUCCAUAGAUUAUUUAAUGCUUUAUAGAUGAUGCCUGUACCAUGUUUGACUAUAAUGGCUUUUAGUGCCUCAACUCAAUUUGAGUGGUCCACAAUGUUUUUAUUUUAUUUUGUAUCUGUAUUUUGUAUUUUGUAUCAUUGUGUAGUAAGAUGAGAAAUAAAGAAACCCGCACACUGCU